UCCGAUGCUGUGUACUAAAAGCGAGGCGGGAAUAGCGGUGUACGAGGGGAAGAUCUUCAUCAUCGGUGGUUACAGCUGGGACAGGAACGAGUUCUCCAAGUCUGUGGAGUGUUAUCUACCGGAGGACGACAGGUGGGAGAAAGUUGCUGACCUGCCGGAGCCCUGCACGGGGGUGGGCUGCAGUGUCCUCCGUCUGCCGCAGUGUGUCACUUCUAACUGUGACCACGCCCACCCAGAGAGAGCAGUAGCCAAUAGCGUAACGUGAAAAAAAAUGGCUCACUCCUGAAUAACUCUACCAAUCAGAUCUGUCGUAAUAUUCUUCAAAGGAUCUGGACUUUAGAAGGGAUAAGCGGUCUGCAAUGUACUUACUAAGAUACAAGAAACAACCGUUUGACAACCGUUGUUGAUUCAGAUCGGACUAAAACUUCGAUGUAGAGGACCUGUACAUGGCACUAUACGGAGGUAUCGGCAGGAACACCGUAGUUUGUUUUGGAGACGGACGUAGGAUGGUGACGCCAUUGAUGAUAAGAGACGU